UUAUUUACCUUUUUACGUUUUAAAAGAGUAAGCAGUUCGCUCAAGAAUACUAAUUAGGCGAACAGAGAUAAGAUUGUUAUUAUUAAUUAAAAUGAGAAAUUACGUCACUGAUAAACAGAUUUAAAACUGUAAAAUGAAUUUCACAAAGUAACAAUGCAUUCAAGAAAUAUGAUACAAUGCACAAGAAAAUUGAAGACACAAGAAAAAUUUCAUUUCUAGAAAAUAGAAUUAUAUGUGGCAAAAGCAAGGAUCAAGGAAAGAAGAAUAAUAUUUUCAACAAACAGGCUGACUCACGUCGACUAACAGAUUCAGACGCAAUGGAAAAGAUGGCUCGAGGUUUCGAACAAGUGAAACACUGUAUUAUUUGGUAACAGCAGCGUUAUCUAGGAGGUAUGAGGGUACCACCAUUCGAUAAGUGGAGUCCUAUCUGCGAGAAGCGUUAUAUAUUCAGACUCGUGGUUGCGGAAACGUUCCACACAGUUGCAUUUCAAUUAUUCCUUCUCGUGGAUACUUUGUUAAACUCUCUCAAACGUGUUCUUUCUCGACGGUGGUUCGGAAUUGUCUAGGAAAUCGAUUUUCGAAACGAUGUCGUCCGUCUUGCUCGUGAUUUUAGCGAUUAUCGGAACGUAUGCGAACCCUGCAUUUCGAUCCAACGAUUCGAUCAAUAAAAUCGAUCAAGAUACACCGAAAGAAGAAAACAUCGCGAAUGAAAGUUCUAGUGUUACACCAGUUUUCGAACAAGUGAUAGCUCAAAAUUCCGACACUAGCACCACGUCAAAACCGAGCCUACUCGCCUGGUUUCUCGCGCCACUGACUCAGAAUCUUCAAAUCAAUCCUCAAACACUCCAGAACCGUGUUACCCAGCUGAAGGAAGCACUGAGCAAUCUUGGAUUUCGAAAUCCCAACGAAAUUUCGAAAGGGAAGCAGUUAAAUAACGCAAACAAUUUACUACAAGUCACGAGUGUGACCGACUCUGGAUUCUAUACCGACAGACUGGAGCCAGCUGGAUUUUUCGGUGGAAAUGGUUGGCUGGCGAAUAAGGGUGGAAUCUUAGGCGGACCAGGAGCGAUUCUUUCUACUGGUAGUCUCCUCACGGACUAUCCAACCGCGUAUAAAAAGAAAUAGACAAAUUUUCGAAGGAAUUAUUGAAUCAGCACGUAAGAAAGGAAAGAUUGUUCUAUUCUUUGUUUCGAAAGGAUUUUUAAAAAUUUUAUUUUAAUAUACCAUUACGAAAAUACCAAAUAAAUUAUUCAUAAUAAUUACUGCUUCCCAAAUUUUUAUUUGGAGUAAAUAGCGAAUCUUUGUUUUAUAAAUAAAUGAAAGAGAAAGUUAAAGGGAAACGUUUAAUAUUAGACGAGAUUAACUGAUACUCCUCCAAUCGGCGAAACAUGAUGGAGGAAAUAAAACGAGAGGAAUAAAGGUAUUGAGAGCAAAUAAACUAACAAUAAGUAGAUAAUUCCGGUGGAACGUGUACCGGAGAAAAAAGUGGAAAUUCCUUUGAUAUCAUCGUGUCGUAAUUCGACGAUGGAAACUAUGGAGAAAGCUUUAUAUAAAUAAGCAGCUUUCCAGAAACAAAAAAAAACUCUUCUUCUCCGAUGACAUGGAAUUCUUUUUGUAAGUUCAAUAAUUUUUGAAUAUUAUUUGACAGUCACAUCAGUCUCUAUAAUAAGUGAUUGGGAAGAGAUUGUUUUACAAUUCUUGAGAAGAUUGAUUUAUACAUAUUAUAAUACAGAAUAACAAAAAGCAUAUACGUAAAUGUAUAAAGUAAAGUACAUGUUCUUAUUUUUCAAUAAAGUAUGUUAUUAUUA